AAAACAGUUUUACAAAAUCAUGCGAAUUUUCACAAGGCAACUUGUCAAGCUCAACAGUUUGGCAACUUGCUGGCUACAAAAUCGUGCACAGUGCAAUUUUGCAAACAUCGUUAUGCGGCAAGAACAACAAUUACAACAACAUCAAAAUAAACAAGGGAAAGCGUUUUGUCAUUGCAGAAACAACAGCAUGAUAAAAUAUUUAAAUCAAAUCGAGGCGAUCAAUGUGGACCAGGAACUCUUCAAUGAAUACAAAUUUAGUGUGGAUCAGCUUAUGGAGCUAGCCGGACUCAGUUGCGCUCACGCCGUAACGAAAUGCUUUCCUGCUGAUCGCUUUUCCCGUGUCCUCGUUUGUUGCGGUCCCGGUAACAAUGGCGGCGACGGACUGGUCUGUGCCCGCCACUUGGCUCUUUUGGGAUACAAGCCGACCAUUUAUUAUCCAAAGCCAACUCCAAAACCACUCUAUGAGAAUCUAACACAUCAGUGUAAACAAAUGGAGAUUAGGGACAUUGUCGAUUGCCCCACCGUGGAGACGGCUGUCAAUAGUUACGAUAUAAUUGUAGAUGCUCUGUUCGGCUUUAGUUUUAAGCCACCUGUACGGGCCGACUUUGUGUCCGUCGUGGAGCUGUUGCAGCAGACAAAACUCCCUAUUGCCAGUGUAGAUAUACCAAGCGGUUGGGAUGUGGAGAAGGGCAAACUCCAAGAUUGUGACCUGCAGCCCACUCUGCUCAUCUCACUCACUGCACCAAAGCUAUGCGCCAAACACUUUAAUGGUAAAUAUCACUAUCUAGGUGGACGCUUUGUGCCGCCAGCACUUGAACGCAAAUACGAGCUAAAUCUACCCGCCUAUCCUGGCAAUGAACUGUGCGUCGAAUUGUAAUAAAAACAUUCUAUAAAUUUAUGGCUGCUAUCCAAAAAUGUGUGAUGUAUGUAAUACAAAAAUACAAACAAAUUUACUAGAAUAA